UCUCUGGGAGCCAGCAUAUAAAAGCGCUGAGGGGCCUGGUGCCUCACACAGACCACCAGUCCCAGCCCCGAGUCUGCUCCUUUACCCACCCACUGCCACAGUCAUCAUGUCUGCCGGAGGAGAGAAAUCCAAGUCUGCUUCCCAGACUGACGGGAAGGCGGCUCAGAACAAGAUGUCUGAUAUGGGCAACAUGUCCUACAAGAUGUGUGUGUACGACCAGGAGAACUUCCAGGGCCGCUGCAUUGAGAUCACCAACGAGUGUAUGAAUGUGUGUGACAUGGGAAUGGACAAGGUGCGCUCCCUGCGCGUCACCUGCGGGCCCUUCGUGGGCUAUGAGCAGAUGAACUUCUGUGGGGAGAUGUUCAUCCUGGAGAAGGGCGAGUACCCCCGCUGGGACUCCUGGAGCAACUGCCAGAAGAACGACUACCUGCUGUCCUUUAGGCCUGUCCGCAUGGACCCAGAGAAGCACAAAAUCUGCCUGUAUGAGGUCGGAGAGUUCAAGGGCCGUAAGAUGGAGAUCAUGGACGAUGAUGUCCCCAGCCUGUUUUCUUAUGGUUUCACCGACAGAGUGGGCAGCAUCAUGGUCAGCUGUGGAACCUGGGUUGGUUACCAGUUCCCCGGCUACCGUGGCAGCCAGUACCUGCUGGAGAAGGGGGAAUUCAGGCACUUCAACGAGUUUGGCGCCUGCUACCCCCAGAUGCAGUCCAUUAGGCGCGUCCGCGACAUGCAGUGGCACCCACACGGCUGCUACACCAUGUCCUCCAAGUGAAACCCGGCGAGGGCGAGAAAGAGAGGGAUCGGAGGAGAGAUGGAUGCCGAGGGCGGGCAUGGAGAUGGAGGGGGUGGCAGGGGAGGGAGGACGAAGAAGGAGAGGAGGAGGGAGCGGGUGUAAUAUUUUCUCCUCUGUCCCAAAAUCCCUUUGUGGAUUGAAUGCAUGAUGGAGGUAAUGCAGUAGGUUGUUAUUUUUAGUUGUCGGAACAUUGUAAUCUAGCGAGCAAUGAAAAGUUAUUCAAAGUGAAGGAGCGGAGGAGAUAAUUACAUGGACCGUCGAGAC